AUGGACCAGGAGCUUCAACUGAUUCUUCUCAUCAGUCUCCUCAACAGAUCAAUGAACUACAUGUGCUUCCUCACAGACGACCAUCAGCACCCCAUUCUCCCCCCACUCUCCCCUCAGUCAGACCACACACCUCACAGAAACACGUGCACCCAAUCUCUGUGCCACGUCAGUCAGCAUUCAUCCAUCCAAUGCAAGGCAGUCUCUUCUGGGACAGCCUCCCAUAGGCUCACCUGUAAAAGAUCUCUACAGAAUCUUUUCACCUGGUCAUUGUCACAUUUAUGUGAAUCUUACUUCAAAAGGGACAGUCCUGUGCAGAUUAUAGACAAAAAGGAAAAUCAUCUUAAAACAGCAGGAAAAAGUAAUCAACCGGUUACAAAAUCAAGCACAGAUUCAGGCACGGGAAAAGGUACCACUGGACAAAUUCAUUCUUUAUUUCUGGAAUAUGGAGAGCCUCUUUUGAAAAAGCAGAGAGGUCAGAGGGCAAUUGAGCUGGGGGAGGAGUCUGCAAAUGAAGAUAAAAUACAGCAGCCACCAAAAGCAAACUUUGCAAAGAUAUUGGACUGUGAAGAGGGUGAAAACAACAGUGUACUGCAUGAAGACAACAGCGUGGAUCAGGACAGAGCAGCAGGGGUUCAAAGUGUUGGCACCUCACUUAAAGUGACCAUUCAGCGCAGCAGUGAGAGUCGAGCCUUCAGCACUACAUCUGAAGAAACAGAUGUAGAGAAAGAGAAAGGCAAAUUUACUUGCUACAUUUGCAACGUCGCCUGUGCUAACCAGAAAGGAUUUCUGACACACAUGGUCAGUUUGGAUCAUCAGCAGCGUAUGAUGGAAGUCCAGCGUGCAAGUAACAACUGCCUGGCCACACUGCUACCCCAAAGCCAAGAGUCUCUGCUGUGUAGUGAUAGGGAGAGGAAGAUGGGCCGCCAGCGCUGGUGUCCUACAUGUCAAUGUCAUUAUUGUGGUGAUCUUAUAGAGCACAGACGAACAACAAAACACAAGCUGGCCAAGAUCUCUUCAAGACCCUUCUGUACAGUGUGUGAGCGCCAUUUCAGAACUCCUCGAAAGUUUGUGGAGCACAUGAAGUCUCCCGAUCACAAACAGAGGGUUGAGGAGCUUAGAGACGAGGGCGGCCCGGAGGUGAUGGAGGAGUUAAUAACAGUGGAUGCUGUCGGUUGUUUCGAAGGGGAAGAUGAUUAUGAAGAGGACAGAACGGAAAAAGAGUUUCCGGUGCUUGAGAAGGAUGCUGUUCAUAAAGAGAUUAUUCCUGAGCAAAAAACUGCAUGUGAGGUAUAUGAUCCAGACAUUCAGUAUGGCACUAGUUUUGUGGUCCCUGUCGCUGGCUUUCUCUGUAAGCUGUGUCAUAAGUUUUACCACUUUGAGUCUUCCGCACAUGAAACCCACUGCAGGUCUUUCAUGCACUUCCAGAACUUACAGAAGUACAACGCACUAAAAAUGCAGAAGAAACCUCAUAAGGACACUGAGAGUGAUGUCUCGCGCAGUAGUCCCACGGCGGACUCCCCAGAACUGGAGCUCAUCGCUGGCUUCGCCAAUGAGACUUUUGACAUCAUCCAGUCAGAUCUCAACACAUCACGCACUCGUCACGCAAGAAAGAAAAGGCGAUCUAAAAGACAUCACAAAUCCAAGACUCCGUACUCGAAAAACUCUGUAUCUGUUGUCAGGAAACAGUUAGUGUGUUCUUCACACUUCAGCCCAGGGUCAAACCAGGAGUCGUAUAAACAAGAAUGCAAAAAGCCAGGGGUUCCAGUAAUGUCCUUCAAGUCAAUUGGAAAAGACAAAAGCUCUUAUGACCCUGAUUAUUUUCCUACAGAGCACAAAACUGGGAACAUAAUGCACAGUUUGUGCCAUGUUUCACAGUUAAACCCCAAAGAGAAUUUUUCACAAUCUGCAGAAUUUAAAGAGAAAGUCAGCAAAGAACAAGCAAAACAAACUCCUCAUGUUCAUAAAAGCCCUGUGAGAACGGUGAAGAAUACCUGAAGUACACUUAAAGCGCUGCAUGAUAGAAAUAACGUACACAUUAUAUAUUAUUUAUAAAAUAUAUAUCAAUAGUGUAUAUUUAUAUAUAUAUAUUACUUAUAUGUUCUCUGCAAUGCUUAACAAAUGCUUUUAAAGCGUGCUCGACUAGACUGCCCCUAGGCACUUGGUGUAAAGCAAUUAUUUUCUGAGCUAAAGAAAAACAGGACUUGUAUAUUUCUCUUUAGAGGCAGUUGUGAUUUCUUUGCUAUUUCAGUUUUACCUCUCAGGUAGUAUGGACACAUGUGUUGUUUUCCAAAAAUUGUUAUUUAUAUGUUUUCGUAAAGCACAGAUCAGAUAUCUGUCAUUGUUUGUGGUUACCUGAGCGUGUAGGACAUUACGCUUUUUAAUUACACAUUCUUAUUUAUUUAAUUAAAUGGUAUUUUAUUGCUUCCUCA